AUGGUCUUCACCUGCUUCGGAAUUCCAUUUGCGUCCAUGACCGUCUGUUACAUCCUCAUUCUAAAGGAAGUACGGGAUAGUAGACGACGCAUCGGUCAUUUUGACGAUAGUCCAAUAUCGAUCAGCGGGCGAGCGAAAGAGAUAGCUCCAGCCAAUGAUGUAGGGAACUCUGGAAAAGUUCUGAAUUCCCCAACUUCCACGUUAGUGCAUCCGGAAACUAUGCAUAUAAAGAUAUCUAUAUCGUCUGCUGGAAAAUCACCCCUUGGUGAUCCCAAGAACAGACUCAGGGUGACUGCUCAGGCAGAUUUAUCUGGCACUACGCGCGUAUCAACUUACAAGCAAAAGCAGGCACAAAAGCGCAUGCGUGAACAAAUCCGCCUGACGGCUUCGUUGCUCGUCGUUGUUCUUAUCUUCAUUGUUGCCUGGCUACCAUUUUGUGUGACUAUGUUUUGGAGCGUCUUUGGUGGAUCCAACCCACCACCACGCACAUUGGACAUGUUUACUUUGUUACUGGGCUACGCCAAUAGCUGCUGCAACCCCAUUGUGUACGGGCUAAUAAACAAACGCUUCAACGAUGCCUUCAGGAAACUGUUCAAAUGUCAGUACACGAGAAUGUCGCAAAUUGUACCCACUGACUUCGCCACCCAUUUUCAGUAA